AUGAAUGGAACUGUAUAUGACCCUUUGGAGAAGCAAUGGUAUAUUGGCAGAAGAAUUCAACGCAAUAUAUCAAAAUUCAAAAAGGAAGAGAAAGUAGGUGCUAUGACUGAUGAUGAUGAUGAGAGGCUAGAAACAGGAUGUGCCCGAAAGACAAGGAACAGAACCGUUUUCAGCAAAGUUUCUUCCAACUGUUCCAGGUGGAGACCAAAAAAAAUAGCAGCAUUUAACACAAUAAAAAAUGCCACCAUGCGAGCCAAGAAAAAAUUGUGUGCUGUUGUGUAG